AAUGUCGUUCUUAAAUUUGUCAAUUCUCUGGCUCAUCUGCUGUGUUGCCACUGCUGCAACACAAACUUGUCAGAUAGAAGAUUCAAAGUUCUACAGCUUAAAAUGCCAGGAAUUAAGCAGUCUCGAGGAGAUAAACGAUUUCCCUACAAAAAAACUUUGCGGGUUAGAAAUCAUAAACACGCAAACAAAGCUAACUAUUGGAACAGUGAACAGUUCACUGAAUAUGCCGCGAUUGUCGUUCCUCUAUCUGUCGCAUGUGCCACGCCUUGAACUUCUCAGUGAAGGCUUCUCCAAUCUUCCCUAUCUAAUGCAUCUCAACAUCUCCGGCUGUGGGGUGGAACAACUGCUGGCCUCGCACUUUCCUACCGUUUGCCCGAUAAUAGAGUUCGACACCAGCGACAAUAAGCUAAGUGUUCUCACAAAGGAUUUGCUUAGCAAAUUUUCUAAAUUGAUUUUUGCUGUUUUCGCAAAUAAUUCAUUGACUCAUGUAGAAGUGCCAUACAUGCGAUCUUUAGGUAUCUUAGACCUUAGUCAUAAUAACUUGACAACCUUCAACAUCACCUUGGGCAAUUGUCCAUACUUGAGAAAGCUGUACCUCAACAACAAUAAGCUCACUCAGUUCCAGAUUACACUCCCUGCUGAAGUAGUUGACUCAUCAGUAGAGAAGGUUCUUAGACUGAAAAAAUUGGAUCUCUCAAAUAACUGCAUAAGUGAGCUUAUCGAAAACCAAUUCGAAUUGCUUGGUGAACUUGAAAUACUGGAGUUAUCUGGCAAUAGAAUCACCACUCUGAAGAGUGCUCACUUCGCUGGUCUGACAUCCUUACGCCAUUUGCAUUUGGCGUCAAACUACAACAUGGAGCUAAUAGGACACACUUUUGAGGCCCUCGAGCAACUGGAGACACUCGACUUGUCCUACAUUUUUCUCGAAAAUCUGAGUCCGCAUCUCUUCGGAUUCAAACAGGUGAACAAGAAAGGUCGCUAUAAAUAUUUGCCAAUGGUUCACAUGCGUAAGCUUUCUCUAACGGGCAAUAUGCUCCAACAUCUGCACCCUAGAACCUUUAAAAAAUUGCCCUUUUUGGAUACACUCUUGCUCGCCGAUAAUGCAUUGCGUGUGCUUCCCGCGGGCCUUUUUGUUCCAAUCCGAAAUCUGAGGAUGCUUGAUGUGGGUCACAAUCAAUUGAUUAAGAUAAGCAGAGAUCUUCUGGAGGCUCUAAGCAAAAUCACGGUUCUACAAAUUGACUAUAAUCAGCUGUCUUAUCUACCCGACUUGAAUGGGACUCUGCCCAAUUUGGUGCGUAUGGACGUCGAGGGAAAUCCCUGGCAAUGCGACCUCUUUGCCCAAACGGAGCGUUGGCUAAUCUCAAGAAAAAUAGCGUAUAUAAAGCAUGACUACGACUGCAUUUGAGAAUUGUGUGUGAAAUAAGUUCGUCGAUGGAUACUAUAUGAAGGUGUUAUGUAUUAAUUUCCAAUGUUUUAAAAGAUUUGAUUGUGAAAUAGCAAAGUUAAGAGUGUGUAUAUUUUAAAUGCUACAAUUACUAACAAA